UCCAUUUCCGUGUCACUACCGGAGGACUGAGGAGUCGAGUAGGGGAAAUUAGAGAAUCGAGAAGCCUUUAUUGUCUCCCCACUAAAUAUCCUGCAGAUUUGCAGCGGCGUGCAUUGAUUGCCUUCUGCACCCCGCUCGACGAUUUGAAGGAGCGCUUGAAGUCUAAUUGCGGUGUGGCUCCGCCGACCGUUAUAGAUCUUGCAAACAGCUAACCGUUAGCCGAACUGGCGAGCUAUCCGUUAGCAUGUCGGAUGUAGUGCGAGGCCCAGCAGGGAACAACGACUGUCGGAUUUAUGUGGGGAAUCUCCCUCCGGAUAUUCGAACAAAGGACGUGGAAGACGUGUUCUACAAAUAUGGCACAAUACGAGAUAUCGACCUGAAGAACCGGAGAGGGGGGCCACCUUUCGCCUUUAUUGAAUUUGAAGACCCCAGGGACGCUGAUGAUGCAGUUUAUGGGCGUGAUGGUUAUGAUUAUGACGGAUACAGGCUGCGCGUGGAGUUCCCUCGGAGCAGCAGGGGCUCACGAGGAGCGUUUGGAGGGAUCGGCGGAGCUCCCAGAGGCAGAUACGGACCUCCAUCAAGACGCUCUGAGUACAGGGUCAUUGUUUCGGGACUCCCGCAGAGCGGCAGCUGGCAGGACCUGAAGGACCACAUGCGUGAAGCAGGCGACGUGUGCUACGCCGACGUCUUCAGAGAUGGAAGCGGAGUUGUAGAGUUUGUGCGAAAAGAAGACAUGACCUAUGCUGUUCGAAAGCUGGACAACACCAAAUUCCGCUCGCAUGAGAUUCUGAAGAGAAGGAUUAAAGUGAUUUGGAUAAAACCCAUUGUGGAGCACAUUUCAAUUGUAUGGUCAGGAUAGGACAUCUAAUUGAGGAGCAAUCAGGUCGAGGCAAUGGUACGCUUCAUGUUCCAUAAAUUGAACGUUUUGGUUAUCAUAUCAUGCAUGUCAUAUUUACAUGUCCCAUGUGCUGUAUUUAUCAUAUAUACAAUUGUAAACAUGGUACUCUGUCUUGUGACAGAAUAAACAGUCCUAGAUCAAGUGUUGUGAUUUAAGUGUAACAUCUUUGCUGUCAAAUGUAAAAAAAUCUGAUCACUUUGUUGCAAAAGUUUCCCACUUAUAACUUUGAAUGUCCUUAUUGGUAACAAAAUGUUUUUUACUUCAGGGAGUGAUAGCUUUUGUGCUCAGUGGCAUUUUUUUUCUUGAUUGACACAAGUGCUCAAAAAUGAAAAAAAUUAGGCCCACAAUUCUUGACAUUUUAUUCUAACAGUCUCCCUCUGAUUUUCUUCCUGGUAUUUCAAGGUUUUGAUUGGAGGAGUGGCUCAGUGGAUCCCAAUCCUUGGAGCUGGAUGAGUGGAUCGAUUAGGAAAGGGAUAGGCAAGGAUGGAUGCUCGGAACGGGAUCAGUUUUUCCAGGAUUCAAAUGAGUUUGAUUUCAGAACUAAAUAACAGGAGUCCCAGAGCAACUUUUUUGUCUAUUAGGCCCCCCAAUGCCUAUUUAAAGUUUUUCAGUGGUAAUGGCUUUAUUUUACAAGAAAACGAAACGGAGGACCAGGAAGUUGGAUCAAAGGAUGGAGUCGUAGAUGCCUGGUAUGAGGGAAUAAAAUAUUUGUGAGGUUGGGUGGGGGUUUCUGUGGGAGUAGUUGGUAUGUUUUAAUCUUGCUUUUUCUCUUAGCAUUUUC